AUGACCUAUUUGGAGUAUCCAAAGUAUCUCCUAUCACCGGUGAUCAACAUCACUGCCACCUUCCAGAGCACGCCCCAAACUCAAUUCGAAAAACCUGUCAGACUCCUAUUCAACCUUCUCUCUCUAAACAUGCUCCAGGUUGACGUGAAUAAUGUUUGUUUGGGAUAUAUUGAUGUGAUGGACAAUCAAUGGAAGUGCAUUGAUGGUGCUGUAAACUCAAUAGUUAAUGGCCAGGUCACUACUUUUACCAACCAUUUUACAUCAUUCGCAUUGCUGACCAAGUACAGUGAUGACAGUAGUAGUAGCCAAGUAGGCACCCCAAGGAUAUUCAGUACAAGUAACCUUCCACUCAUGUAUGGUCUGAUAUUUGGAUUCGUUGGACUGGUGCUCAUGGUAGUUGUCAUUGGUACACUGUUACACUUCCGAAGUAAAUACGGUUCUGUCAAGAGAUGGUUAGUGGCCAGUCGACUAUCACAAGGUAACCUACGCUCAAGCAAAGGAUCAUCGUCCGAGUCCUCAAGUCCGCUGUCGGCAUCCCAAAACCCUCUAAUAUUAGCAGGAGUCUAA